CCUCUGCGGACCGCGGUGCCAUGGCCUCCGCCCGCCUGUUCGCGCUGCUGCUGCUCUUCGUGGGCGUCCCCGCCAACGCCGCCGAGUCGAUCCGAGAGACAGAAGUCAUCGAUCCCCAAGACCUCCUAGAAGGCCGCUACUUUUCUGGAGCUCUCCCGGACGACGAGGACGUCGGGGGGCCCGGGCAGGAGCCUGAUGACUUUGAGCUGUCUGGCUCUGGAGAUCUGGAUGAUUCGGAGGACCCCCAGAUCUUCCCCGAAGUAAUUCAACCCUUGGUGCCUCUGGAUAACCAUAUCCCUGUGAAGGCAAGGCCUGAGCGCUGGGACCCCACCGAACCCCAGGAGAUAGAGGAGAAUGAGGUCAUCCCCAAGAGGAUCGCACCCUUCGAAGGGGACGAGGAUGUGUCUAACAAGGUGUCCAUGUCCAGCGCUGCACAGAGCAACAGCAUCUUUGAGAGGACAGAGGUCCUGGCCGCUUUGAUCGUGGGCGGCGGCGUGGGCAUCCUCUUCGCCAUUUUCCUGGUCCUGCUGCUGGUGUACCGCAUGAAGAAGAAGGACGAAGGCACCUACGACCUGGGCAAGAAACCUAUCUACAAAAAAGCCCCCACCAACGAGUUCUAUGCUUGAAGUGUCCCCCUGGGCACACUGGCUUGGACCUCAGUGGGGAGGGAAGCCGCGAAGGAUGCUGAAGGGUGGACAUGAGGGGAGGGGGAAGGCAACCUAAUACCGACCUGUCAGCAUCUCCCGCUGUGAUUAUGUUUUAAGCCUUAGAAGAGGCACCACCUUC